AAGUGCACUGCCACUGGCGUUAUGGACAGAGAACUUUGAGGAUGACCUCAUUGGGGCGCAAUCCGCUCCCGGUGGCUGUGUGCCACCCCCCGCCCCGUCAUGAUGUGGUCUCCAAGCAGAUAAACUGGAGGAAAUACAAACAUGGGGGGGGGAGCGGCGAUCACAUCAUCAGAGUGCCAUUUGCGUGCAGGGCUUUCGCACUGCCUGCCGACAGCUUGUCCACACUUGCCUGCACCAUCGUCUCCAUCGGGAGCGCUGGCCUGUGUACUGGAAGAACAAGCCUUUGACGGAUCAUUUGAGCCAUUUGAUGUCUCACCAGACGACACUGUAGAAACCGUCAAGCAAAUGAUAAAGGAUUACUUCCACGUGCCUCUCUCUGAAGACCAGCAAGGCAGGCAGUACCUGGAGCUCAUGCACGCCGGGGCUGCUCUGAGGAACAGCUGGACUCUUGCUGAUAUUGGAAUAUCCUUCUGUUCAACUCUCAAGUGCUUUGUUAAGAAAGAAGACAAGCCAACACUCCAUGUGUUCAAUGCUGUGACCCACGAGACAAUGUCGGUCAUAGAGAACGCUUCGCUUCUGGGUAAGACAGUGUCUGAUCUUAGACAGCUGAUAACGCUAAGAUGGGGUUUCCCCGUGAGUGUCUACUGUCUCCGGACCCCGGAGGGACUGGAAAUGUACGAUUGCAACACGCUCAAGGACUACGGGACCGAUGUUGGUACGACACUUCGCCUGGACGUCUGGGAUGGAUGGAAGGAAUUUCUGCUGGGCUGUCUCCUUGGGCAAACACUGAAAGUCCAACGUUACUUAUCCAAAGAUGGACCAGUACUCAAGUUCCAGAGAAGGGUGGCCUUGUACAUGGCCGCUUUCUACGGACACACGGAGCUCAGCGAGUGGGCGCUGAAGCAGGGCGCGCAGCCCCACGAGGCGGUGGGCGUCCACCCCUGCCGAGCGUGGUGCCCCGCCGCCCUGCACGCCGACGUCGCCCAGUGCCCGGUGCACGCGGCUGCCCAGGCCGGCCAGCUGCUCAUCUUGAAGGCCUUCGUCAACUGCAGCGUGCUGUGCCUGGAGUGCAGGGACGCGGCCGGGCACACCCCGCUGGCCCUCGCCGCCCGGCACGGGCACGAGGACUGCGUCUCCUACUUGCUGAGCAAGGCGUGCUCCGCCGUGUCCUUGCUGAAGGCGUCGGUGCCCGUGAGGGUCUGCAUCAAACUCAAACAGUGGCUGCUCAGGGCUCAGCGCCGCCGGGCUCCCGGGCGUCGGCUUGGCACCGCGGGGCUCCCUGGGGCCAAGGUCGGCGACGCGGUGGCGGUGGACGGCUUCUCGGAGCCCGCGAUGACCUCCCGGAGCUGGCACCGCACCGCCGACCCGGACUCGGAGCGCAGCGCGCGCAGCCCGCGGAGCGCGCGUCGGGUCCCUGGCAACCGCCAGCUCCCCGGCAACCGUCAGCUCCCCGGCAACCGUCAGCUCCCCGGCAACCGUCAGCUCCCCGGCAACCGCCAGCUCCCCGGCAACCGUCAGCUCCCCGGCAACCGCGCCCCGCGCGCCCGGGAAGGCGCCGCAGCCUCGCCGCCCCGGGGAGCCGGGCACCGCCGCCCCGGACCGCCAGCCCCGCAGAAAAGCCCCGCUAGGGCGGCUGGCGGCGGGGCCGCGCCCGGGAGAGACGCCUUCCUGCCCCAGGUCCCGCUUCCCGCCCGGGCCCGAGGCCAGCGCUCUCCGCCCGGCUUGGCCCUCGCCGCGCCCGGGGCCCGCGCGGUGCUCGCGUCCUCCUGCCGGCCCUUCUCGGAGCACAGCGGCAGGACCCUGAGAGAGAAUGCCGUCUACUGUCUGGCCGUGGCAAGUGCCUUUAAGGAGAAACGGUGGCUCCAACAGUUAGGAAUAGCAAGAGUCUUGGCCAAAAAGAGCAUUUCUACUCUGACUACUCAAGGAAGUCUGACCGCGGGUGCAAACCUUCCCAAAAUUAUAAAAAACCAUGGCAACCCUGGUUUGGGCAAAGACCUGGUCCAACAGAACCUCCAGUUCUAAUGUCAGCAUCGUCCUGAACAGUGCCAGCACCGCAUGCCUGCCCCGCUUCACAGCUUCCCUAGACUCCACCCUUCAGGUGAACUUGUUGUUUCUGUUUUGUUUUUCAAGGUAGCCUCUCACUGUAGCCCAGGUUGGCCUAGAACUCACUCUGUAGCCUCAGGCUGGCCUGGAACUCACAGUGAUCCCCCUACCUCUCCCUCCGUAGUGCUAGGAUUAAAGGCCUCUUUUUGGUAGUAGAGUCUGAGGGAGAAUUCAUAAAUUCAGGCUAGUUGUUGUUGUGGGGGAGGGGAGCUAAGGAUGGGAUACAGAAUGACAGAACUUUCAUUGUAUCUCCUACUUUGUUUUCCUGAACUCAUUUUAAUUCUUUAGGAUUUUAAAGUCAUAUAAAUGUCGAACACAAUAAAAUGAAUACUUGAAAUAAAAUUCUGUAUAAGAAGGUCCCUAGGAGAGUUACCAGUAUGUAGGUCUAAUCUCUGACACCUUUGUAACUUCGACUGAAACACCUUUUUAUGGUAAAGCUUACAGGGAACUGUAUAAAUGAUAAGUGUAAUGUUCAGUGGGCCUAACGAUCAUGCAUCUGUGUCAACAAUACCCCAUAGGCCUGCAGAAUAGCCUAGAAACCCACAGAACGCUUCUUUAAGCUCCUAAACCAAUAUCUAUAUGCAGAGGAAAUUGCUAUUCUGAUUGAAAUCUCUCCACACAAGAUUUCUAAAACAUUUGAAUUAUGUAAUAGUUCACCUUUUUUUUAUUUUGAGAGAUUUUUCUUGAGGUAGGGUCUUGCUAGCCCAGGCUGACCUGGAAUUCACUAUGUAGUCUCAGGCUGGCCUCAAACUCUCAGCAAUCCUCCUACCU